AUACUACGCGUACCUUCAGCAAGCUCAAGCUUUUUACACCUUUCCAUUCCAUCAAAUGAUGACUGCAACUCCUAACGUGGAAACCAUGAGUGAGCAGCCGACUCUAGAGGGCAUUCCAGAGCCAAACAUUGCUCAGGAGCCUCCAAAAGAAGUUAAAAAAGGAGGAAGGAAAAGAAAAGCCAAAGCAACUGAGCCAAAGCAACCCAAAAAGCCUGCUGCUAAAAAAGAAAAAUCAGCCAAGUCAAAAGGAAAACAAGAGAAGAUCACAGAUACUUUUAAAGUCAAAAGAAAAGUGGACCGUUUUAAUGGUGUAUCUGAAGCUGAACUUCUGACCAAGACUUUACCUGAUAUUUUGACCUUUGAUCUGGACAUUGUAAUAAUUGGCAUAAACCCUGGCUUGAUGGCAGCUUACAAAGGACAUCAUUACCCUGGACCUGGAAACCAUUUUUGUAUGUUUUUAUUUUCCUAUUCUAUUU